AUGAUGUCGGAUGAGCUUGUAAUCAAGUUGAUCUUGAUUCCAGUUUGUAUGGUCUGGGCAAUGUGCUUGAUUGACUUUGGGAUGCCAGUUGAUGGAGAUAACGAUGGCGAUGUGGUCAAUGGUCAGGAUUCAGUGUUGAGAAAGUCACGAAAUCCUCCCAUUAAUGGAUUAUUAAAGCGUAGGUUGAAAGGCCACGAUUUAGAAACUAAACAUAGUGGUAGAAAGAAUUUUGAAUUUUGUGCUUUUAGAGAUCCUGUUUUAUUUGUUGGACAUCUUUCGAAAAAUUCUGUCUUGAUCAUAGACAAACCAUGGAUGGAAGUGGUUAAAACUUUCGAUGCCCAGCCUGUUCACAGACAUAUCUUUGGGACAUAA